UCCCUGCAAUUAUAGAGCCUCUAGCUCAAUUCUCUAUCGCUGACGUGGCAAUAUAAUUCCACAUCAUAUUUUAUUAUUUAAUCUUUAAAACACUAACCAAAUAAUUUAUCACUCCUAAUUCCCAAAUCCCCUUCGCAAUCUUUUCUGCCUCCGCUCUCAAUUCCCCACCCCCUUCGGCUCUCCAUUCCCCAAUCGCUCGAUCUGCCCCUCCCACCGCCGCGAUUUGCUUCGCCGGACCACCCGGCUCUCCUUCCACCUUCGCCCACCGCUGCGAUAGAUUCUCCCUUCGUUGUCUUUUCUGCACACCGGCUCUCCCUUCCACCGCCGCGAUCUGCUUCGCUGGACCACCCGACCUCCUUCCCCAUUCCCCCACCGUUGCGAUCUGCCCCUCUCACCGCCGCGAUCUGCUGCUCAAGCCUCAAUUUCGUCCCCAAAUUCAUUCUCUCCCCCGUCGCCGAUGGCCCGUUCUUCGUGGGAACAUCGACGAGUGAGAUAUUUCAAUGAAUGUUGCGUACGGGAAGGCCGCAAUCGCCUCUGUCUGCUUCUCUUCGUCGGCCGCCACUCGGCCGUCUGGCUAGAAAUCGCCAUUACCGCUGUUGCCACCUCCUCUGACAUGACGCACGGUAUUCUCCUUUGUUUCUGUAUGUCACCCGAAAAUUGCCUGGAAAAAGAUUUCAAGGAGCGGAAAAGAGAUCAUUUCUCACAGUUUAUAACAGAAGUUCCAAGUUUCUUUCCGACCAAGUAAGUUUGAUCUUCUGGCCUCAUGACACAACACUGGAAGUGUAAGUUGCUUCUUUACAUUGUUAUUAUCCCGUUUUGCACUUAUUUCCUUCUUCAAUGCUGUCAAUUUAGUGGUUUUAUGUGAGCUAUGGUUUAAGUUACUUUUGUUGUAAUUAAUUUUGUUUAAUUUUAGUAUAGUUUCUUAUGAUUUUUUUUCUGCAGACAUGUGUUGCUUGAGCUAUGUCUGUAGCCAUAUUUGGCUAUAGUUGACAAGUUUUAUGUGUUAUAUGUGUACUUUGAAACUUUGAGUUAUGGGUUGUUCUCAAGUUAGUUUGUGCUUCAAGAAUUCGAGACUUUAGAGAGUGGAAUAUUCUUUGUUGAUCUUAGAUUACUGCAACCAACCUCUUAUUCUGGUGACGAAAUGAAAUGCAUGGAUAUGUGUGCUUACCAGAACUGCUGUAACUUUUAUAUUUUGUAAAGUUUCAAUCACACUGGACAUGUUUUUUUA